ACAUAAUCAUGUUCAAUUUGAUCCACUGUGCUGCCUAGAGAUAAAAGGGUUGAAAAAAUAGAUUUAGCUUAUGUCAGUCUUGGUGGUGAUGUCAUUGCCGUGAGAGAUGGAAUAGCGCUGUUACUAUGCUCCGCCGGCUCAGUCGGUGGGUGUACGAGGGGAAGGCAAGGAGCAACUCAGUUAAGUGCAAAGAGCUCGUGGCGGAGGCUUGCAGUUAUUGUCGGCGCUGAAACAGAAUUUCGGACUGCUCAAUAGCAAAUACCGAGCCGAAGAUUUUUGUUUUCUUCCCGUCGUUUGUUACUCGGAGGUUGCUUAACUCUGUGUACAAAAGGGGGGGAUGCCAGCCCGUAGCAUGGACUGUGAUGUCUCCACUCUGGUCGCCUGUGGGGUUGACGUGGAGAUUUUUGCCAACCAAGAGGUUAAGGAGAAAUUUGAAGGCUUGUUCCGUGCCUACGAUGACUGUGUGACAUUCCAGCUGUUUAAGAGCUUCAGACGCGUGCGGAUAAAUUUUAGCAGUCCCAAAUCAGCCGCUCGUGCCAGGAUAGAGCUGCAUGAAACACAGUUCAGAGGGAAGAAGUUAAAGUUGUAUUUCGCACAGAUUCAGACCUCUGAGACAGAUGGAGACAAGCUUCAUUUGGCUCCGCCACAGCCUGCAAAACAGUUUCUCAUCUCGCCUCCAGCCUCCCCACCUGUAGGGUGGCAGCCAAUAGAUGAUGCAACACCUGUCAUCAACUACGACCUUCUUUAUGCAGUUUCUAAGCUAGGACCAGGAGAGAAAUACGAGCUGCACGCAGGAACGGAAUCCACUCCCAGCGUGGUUGUGCACGUCUGCGACAGUGACAUGGAAGAAGACGAGGACCCAAAGAAUUCUCCAAAGCCAAAAAUCAUUCAAACUCGGCGCCCUGGUCUGCCACCUCCUGUAUCUAACUGAGCCUCUCCAGCAGAAGCAGCACUUCUCUCCUCCAGCACAGCUCUUGUGGUUUUCUGUUUGCUUUAUUAUUAUUUUUUUUAUUUUAUUUUUGAAAGGCAGCCAUCGCCUUUUGAGUACCAGGACAUUAAGCUCAUGGAAAUCCCUUCUCAGUAAUCAAGCCUAUGUAACAAAAGGGCUAGGAAAAAAA